AUGUCAUCUAUAUUGCCAUUCACUCCACCAGUUGUGAAGAGACUUCUGGGGUGGAAAAAAUCUGCUGGUGGCUCUGGAGGAGCUGGUGGUGGUGAGCAGAAUGGUCAGGAGGAAAAGUGGUGUGAAAAAGCAGUGAAAAGCUUGGUCAAGAAGUUAAAGAAAACAGGACAGCUGGAUGAGCUUGAGAAGGCAAUUACAACUCAAAACUGCAAUACUAAAUGUGUGACUAUACCAAGCACUUGCUCUGAAAUUUGGGGACUGAGUACACCAAACACGAUAGAUCAGUGGGAUACUACAGGCCUUUACAGCUUCUCUGAACAAACCAGAUCACUCGAUGGCCGUCUGCAGGUAUCUCAUCGUAAAGGAUUGCCACAUGUUAUUUACUGUCGUUUGUGGCGCUGGCCAGAUCUUCACAGUCACCAUGAACUUAAGGCAAUUGAAAACUGUGAAUAUGCUUUUAAUCUUAAAAAGGAUGAAGUGUGUGUAAACCCUUACCACUACCAGAGAGUGGAGACACCAGUCUUGCCUCCUGUACUAGUGCCACGGCACACUGAGAUUCUAACAGAGCUUCCUCCUCUUGAUGACUAUACCCAUUCCAUUCCUGAAAACACUAACUUUCCAGCUGGAAUUGAACCACAGAGCAAUUACAUACCAGAAACACCGCCUCCAGGGUAUAUCAGUGAAGAUGGAGAAACUAGUGACCAACAGUUGAACCAAAGCAUGGAUACAGGAUCUCCAGCAGAGCUGUCUCCUAGUACUCUCUCUCCAGUUAAUCAUAGCUUGGACUUGCAACCAGUUACUUACUCGGAGCCUGCAUUUUGGUGUUCAAUAGCGUAUUAUGAAUUGAAUCAAAGAGUGGGAGAAACCUUCCAUGCAUCACAGCCUUCCCUGACUGUAGAUGGCUUUACAGAUCCAUCAAAUUCAGAACGAUUUUGUCUAGGUCUGCUUUCCAAUGUAAACAGAAAUGCUACAGUGGAAAUGACAAGGCGACACAUAGGAAGAGGUGUACGUCUCUAUUACAUCGGUGGAGAAGUUUUUGCUGAGUGCUUAAGUGAUAGUGCGAUUUUUGUUCAGAGCCCCAACUGUAAUCAAAGAUAUGGCUGGCAUCCUGCAACUGUGUGCAAAAUUCCACCAGGAUGCAAUUUAAAAAUCUUCAAUAACCAAGAAUUUGCUGCUCUUCUGGCUCAAUCUGUGAAUCAGGGUUUUGAAGCAGUUUAUCAGCUUACUAGAAUGUGUACCAUAAGAAUGAGUUUUGUUAAAGGAUGGGGAGCUGAAUACAGGCGGCAAACAGUAACUAGCACUCCUUGCUGGAUUGAGCUUCAUCUGAAUGGGCCUCUACAGUGGUUGGACAAAGUAUUGACUCAGAUGGGCUCCCCUUCAGUACGCUGCUCCAGCAUGUCGUAAAACUCCUUCCUCCAUUACCAGUGGGCUAAAUACUGAGUCCAGUCAACAGACUUAACAUAACAGCUUGUCUGUCAUAGUAUUUGUGUGUGGUCUCCAUGAACUGUUUACUAUCCAAAAAGGUUUUUAGAAAACGGAAAAAAAAAAAAGGAAAGAAUAAAAAGAAAGACAGCACUUGAGGUCUCAUUAAUUAAAGCACCUUGUGGAUUCUGUUUCCAAUACUCUGAUACUAGAUGAAAAUUUAGUGUAUAGCAAUGCCUUCUUCAGAAGGAAGAAGGAACAGUUCUAAAGACU